AUGGAUACGGCAUCUGACAACUAUGAUUUACUCUUAAAAAGACUCAAUACAACCCUUUCCUUUGUUAGAGGACUGAAAUCUUUCUUAAAAGAAGCCUCAAAAAUCCAUAGCAAGCUUUCCCAAGCCUAUGAUGCAAACUUCAGCAAGAUACCAACUCCGCCUACAGUAAUCUGUCAAAGUAUCAUAGAACAGUCCAGAGCUUUCUGCUACACACUUGUAGAGAACAGUGACAAAGCAGUCGAUUCUGCUAAGAAAGGCUAUUCUGAACUUAAAUCUUUGUCAACUAAAAUCAAAGAUCAAAUUUCUAACAUGAAACAGGGCCGGAAAACCAUGAUAAGUAUGUCUAAAUUAAGCUUCCAAAGUGUUUCUAGUAUUAAAUGUUCACUUGACUUAACCCCUUCUAUGAUGCUUGAAAGUAGAAAUUCAUCUAACUCCCCCCCCUCCGUGAGUGAACAAAACCAUUAGAAAAAUCGGCAUUUUUUGCCCAAAAACCCACCCUCCGUGAGUGAACAAAAAUUUUUUUAAUAGAAAAAUUUUUUAUGGAAAAAAUAAGUGAUAAUUAGCAUAAUGAAAUCUAGAGCUAAUUCUGUUUAAUUUUAAACAAAUUGCGUUUUAAAACAUAAAUUUUUAUAAAUUAAAAAUAAUAUUUGCUUUCCAAUUUUUGCGAAUUAGGAUUUUUUUUAAAUUUCGGAAAAAAAUAUUUUUUAUAAAAUUUAUAUAUAAAUUUUUUUAAAAAAAAAAAUAAACCCCCCUCCGUGAGUGAACAAAAAUUUUUUUGUUCACUCACGGAGGGGGGGGGGAGUAAAGGAAUCUUUGAAACUUUAAAUGCUAUUGUAAAAUCUCUUGAGGAAGAGACUAAUGCUCAAUCUCGGAAAUCAUUGAAAAUGCAUUUUAAGACAAUAUUCAACAAAAGCAGCACAAAAGUAUCAGUUUUUGGGUCUGCAGAUGUACCGCAAAGCAGAGACAGCUAUAUGGAUAAUUGUGAGACAAUUAGAGAAUUCGAAAUAAGUAGCAUCCAUUUGCAUGAUUCAAGAGAGCACAAUAAUUCUGUUGUUGAAACACCUUCAGGCAGGCCUCCUACAGUUGCUUCAUCACCGUUUAGCCAAAUCCAAGCAGAGAUCGGGAUAAAUCCGACCCAUACUUCAAGACCACCUAUGCCUCGCCAUAGAAAAACCUUAACAAAUUACCAGUCACAAUCUGUAGCUAAUAGAGUAUCAAGAUCUCAUAUAAGUAAAAAUGAAAGCUUCGAUUCUUCUGAUUUAGGCCAUCAACAAUUGCAUGAAGUUUCAAAUCAUUUUCAUAGCGAAAAUUCGAUUAUAAGGGAAAGCUCUGCAAGAAGGAAAGCUGAAUAA